GAUAAUAAAGUAAUUAUGCAACCAAACCCUAAUAAAACCUUCUUAUUCGUCUCAUCCACCGCUUCCCUAACGACUCUUCUUCUUCGUUAGAGGCAAGAUUUUAGUAGAGUUUUUCAGUUGAAUUCUUCAGUGUUAGAGGUUUAUCCUAACAAAUCUGAAAACAGCUGAGGAAAAGCAAACAAAUUUUUUUAUGGCGACUAAGGUUUCACUAAAGAGCAAGGGCAAAGGAGGGAAGGGAUCUAAAGGCUCUGAUGAGAAAUCAACUGUGCAGUGCUUGAAAGAGUGGAGCACAUGGGCUGUGAAGAAGGCCAAAGUGGUAACUCACUAUGGCUUCAUUCCUCUGGUGAUCAUCAUCGGCAUGAACUCUGAUCCAAAGCCCCAACUUUAUCAACUCCUAAGCCCAGUCUAAUUCAGUUGCUUCUUUUGUAACAACCCAGAUCUUAUUUUCGCACUUUAUGUAAGGGAUUGGUGCCUAUCUGUCGAAACUACAAGGUAUCAUGCUUAGAGGCAUUGUGUUUUAUAUGAUGUUCACUUUGUUUUAUUUUUAUAAGCGUAUGGAUUAAUAAUUAUGAACGGUUCAUUCGAGGAAA